GCAAACCUCGAUUUCAAAAGCACAUGGGAGACACAUGAAAGAGUGUCGGUACAGUUGUGAAAUCCCGGCCAUAAUUUUUUAUCGCUGUAACCAGAAGAUAAACGACCAGACAUUUUACAGACAGAAUGCCGAAGAAAAACAAAGGGAAAAAGUCUAAAGACGACGACUGGCCAGAUGAAGAACCAAAUUUAGAUGACAAAAUGAAAUCUUUGACAGUCGAAGACGAUGAUCCUAAGGAAGAGGAGAAGACAAAAAAGAAGAAGAAGGCGAAGAAAAGUAAGAUGGAUCUGCUGAAGGAGGAGAUGCAGCAGACAGAGGAAGAUCCUCCGGAGGAAGAACCAGAGCCAGAGCCAGUUGUGGAGAAACCCAAAGACAAACCCAAGAAAAAGCCUGUAAAACAGUACAGCUCUGAUGAUGACGAUGAUGGGGAAGUUGACAGAGAUGCUUGUGGAGCUGCUGCAGAGGCUGAACAAGAAGUAGCAGAAGAAAUAAAACCUAAGCUUAGCAAGAAGGAAUUAAAGAAGUUAAAGAAACAGGCGGAGUAUAAACAGCAGCUGGAGAUGAUGGGAGAACAGGGGCAGUUCUCUGUGUCCCAGGCCGAGAAGUCCUCCAAGGCAGCGGUGCUGGAGAACCAACAAGACAUCAAGGUGGAGAACUUCUCAAUAUCGGCACGAGGGAAGGAUCUGUUUGUUGGUGCUACACUUCAGAUUACAAACCAGAGACGAUAUGGUCUUGUUGGACCUAAUGGGCAUGGCAAGACUACGCUGUUGAAACACAUCCAGAGCAGAACACUGAACAUUCCCCCCAACAUCGAUGUGCUGUACUGCGAACAAGAGGUGCAGGCAAGCGAGGAGAAGGCCAUCAACGUGGUGCUGAUGGCAGACAAGAAGCGUGUAGCUCUCCUGGAGGAAGAGAAGAAGCUGAUGCAAGAGUCGGAAGCGGGCAACACUAACAACAGUGAGAGGCUCAAACAGGUGUAUGAGGAGCUGCGUGCUAUCGGUGCUGAUGCAGCCGAGUCAAAGGCGAGGAGGAUCCUGGCUGGUCUCGGCUUUACGAAAAAUAUGAUGGAGAGGUCCACCAAAGAUCUGUCAGGAGGCUGGAGGAUGAGAGUGUCUCUUGCCAGGGCCUUGUUUUUGGAGCCUACGUUGCUGAUGUUGGAUGAACCCACCAACCAUCUGGACCUGAAUGCUGUCAUCUGGUUGGACAACUACCUGCAGACAUGGAAGAAGACUUUGCUUGUUGUGUCUCACGACCAGAGUUUCCUUAACAACGUGUGCACUGACAUCAUUCACUUAGACAUGCAGAAGCUCUUCUAUUACCGUGGCAACUUUGGCGCCUUUAAGAAGAUGUUUGUGCAAAAACGGAAAGAGCAGAUUAAGGAUUAUGAGAAGCAGGAAAAGAGGAUUAAGGAGCUGAAGGCUUCAGGACAGUCCAAAAAGAAGGCGGAGGAGAAACAGAAGGAAGCAUAUACACGUAAGCAGGCGAAGAACAAGGUAAAACAGACGAUGUUCGCUGAGGAGGAGAAGCCCACAGAGUUGUUGCAGAAACCUCGCGAUUACAUUGUCAAGUUCUCCUUCCCCAAACCCACUCCUCUCAGCCCUCCUAUACUGGGUGCCCACAAUGUCACAUUUGGCUAUGAUGGACAGAGGCCACUGUUCAAGGACCUGGACUUUGGUAUUGAUAUGUCAUCCAGAGUUGCAAUAGUUGGACCUAAUGGAGUUGGCAAGAGUACAUUCCUCAAGCUGCUGACAAAGGAGAUACAACCACAACAAGGAGAAAUAAGGAAGAACCAUCGUUUGAGGAUAGGAAAGUAUGAUCAGCAUUCGGCAGACCAGCUAAAUCUGGAGGAAUCCCCAGUAGAAUAUCUUCAGCGGCUGUUCAACAUGCAGUAUCAGGAUUGCCGGAAGAUCCUGGGGAAGUUCGGCCUGGCUAGUCACGCUCACACCAUAAAGAACAGCGAUCUGUCCGGGGGUCAGAAGGCUAGAGUGGCAAUGGCAGAACUCUCCUGCAGAGCUCCAGAUGUUCUUAUCUUGGAUGAACCCACUAACAACCUUGACAUUGAGUCAAUUGAUGCUCUUGCCGAGGCUCUUCAGGAGUUCACAGGAGGUGUGAUCAUUGUGAGUCACGACGAGCGUCUCAUCCGAGAGACAAACUGUCAGCUGUGGGUAGUAGAGAACCGAGGCAUCAGCGAGAUCGACGGUGACUUUGACGACUACAGACGAGAACUUCUUGAGGAACUCGGGGAGACAGUGGCCAAGGCACCAGAACAUGAAAGACUUUGAUGAGGAGAUCAACGUAAAAUUCUUAUGUGCAACCAUCAUGAUCAUUCUGGCUCAGGACAUCACAGAAGCAUCUGCUUCAGCUCUGCAAUAUUGGAUAAUAUGCCAGUGUGAUGAUGAAAGGGAUUGAGACCUACCAAGUAGGGAUUGGGAGUAUGAGUUGUCAUGGUAACAGUGCAUAUAUAAUGAGUUGUCAUGGUGACAGUGCAUAUAUAAUGAGUUGUCAUGGUGACAGUGCAUAUAUAAUGAGUUGUCAUGGUGACAGUGCAUAUAUAAUGAGUUGUCAUGGUGACAGUGCAUAUAUAAUGAGUUGUCAUGGUGACAGUGCAUAUAUAAUGAGUUGUCAUGGUGACAGUGCAUAUAUAAUGAGUUGUCAUGGUGACAGUGCAUAUAUAGUCCUACCGAUCUAUUCCAUUGGAUGAGCAGGUGCUUGGUCAUCAUUUCUUCGUGAAGAUUCUGACACAUAGAAUCAUCAUCAUCACAAUAUGGGCUACACCAUCCGCUUAAAGUCAUUCACCCCAUGCUUCAUGCUGAGCAUAAGGGGGCGGUUGGGUAGCCCAGUGGUUAAGUGCUUGCUGAUCUCAAUGAAGGACUGAGUUUAUGACUGGUUCAUCUAUCAUGAAGUGCUGGACAUUGUGCUACCAGGAUAAAAUACUAACAAUUCCUGGAUGGUAAAACAAGCUAUGGUGGGACUAAAAACCUUCUUUCAUGAAAUUGUGUAAAAGCUGUAAAAAUUGAUUUGUACAAUAUUUGUUAAUGUGUACAUGGAUAUUACCAAUCAAAGGGAUAUUUGUAGGUCAGAGCUGUUUUCAGGUCAUUUUAAGAAAGUUUGAGCCACACAUUUUCUAUUUAGGAAAUAUACUGAGGGAAACAAAUAAGGGAACACCACUUUAUGGCAGUGUUUCUUUAUUUUCAGAUUUCCUCCCACAGCGCUAUUCAAAGCUGGUGAUGAAAACUGGAAAAUGUUAAGGAACACUUGAAUUUUACUUUGUUCCUUUAUUUGUUUCUCUCAGUAUAUCUGCGCAUUACUGUGCUACAGCUGUUUUAACUUAGACAUUUCAAUGAACAUCAGUUUAAGACAAACCAUUAGAAUUAAACAAUAUUCAAACAAAUCAUAUAAAACAAAAGCUAUCUGUUGAGGACAGGCUCAUGUUUGUUUGGUCUGUCUCACCUGAAAGACAAGCUUUUUUAAUAUCCAAGACUGCUAUGCUGAUGGUGAGGGAUGCUAAGGUGUAUCUGAAUUGCUGCAAACAGAGGUACAUAAAAUCAAAGUUGUUUUGAAAUAAUUAUGGCUACAUUAGAAUUAUCUCUCCUGACUACUGAAGAUUCUUUGUUAUUUGAAUAUGAUACACUGUUAUAUUGUGUAAAUAUUAAAUGACUCCUCUGACAAAAA